GUUUAAGAUGGAGGUAGUUAAAACGACAUCUGCUGGUCAUGCUAAAAAACUUGCAUCCACUGUUGACUUCAGCACAUGCCCUGAUGGAAUUAUAUGUGUUGGAGGUGAUGGAAUUGUUAAUGAGGUUUUGAAUGGCCUGCUGAACAGAGAUAACCAGAAAGAAGCAAUUUCAAUUCCCAUUGGAAUAAUACCUGCUGGUUCUGAUAAUUCUUUAGUUUGGACUGUUCUUGGAGUUAGAGAUCCUGUUUCUGCUGCAAUAGCUAUAGUGAAGGGAGGUCUUACAGCCACAGAUGUUUUUGCUGUCGAGUGGAUUCAAACUGGUGUCAUUCACUUUGGAAUGACUGUAUCAUACUUUGGUUUUGUUAGUGAUGUAUCAACUGUUGAUCAGCGUCCAUUGUCUCCAUCUGUUGCAGUGCUGGAACUUUCUGAGAGAUAUCAAAAGCGCUUUGGUCCUCUCCGUUAUUUUGUUGCUGGUUUCCUCAAAUUCUUAUGCUUACCAAAGUUUCAUUUUGAAGUGGAAUACCUUCCAGCAUCCAAAAUGGGAGUUGAUCGAGAAGGAAAUGCCCAAUCUGAUAGGGAGAUAAUUGAUAUGUCUGAUCUGUACACAGACAUUAUGAGGAGAUCAAACACGGAUGGCCUUCCUAGAGCUUCUAGCCUAUCAAGUAUUGACUCAAUUAUGACCCCAAGUCAAAUAUCUGGUGUGGACUUGGAUACAAACUCUAGUAGCAACGAGCCAUCAGAAUAUGUACGUGGCAUAGAUCCAAAAUCCAAACGCCUAUCUUCCGGGAGAAGCAAUAUCACCGAAGAACCAGAAGUUAUCCAUCCUCAGCUACCACUUUCAGCAACUCCUAACUGGCCGAGGACCAGGUCUAAAUCAAGGACAGACAAAGGAUGGUCUGGAUCAACUGCCACAAAUGACUCAACUAGGUGUUCUUGGGGAAAUACAGCAACAAAUGAUAAAGAGGAUAUUUCAUCAACAAUGUCAGAUCCAGGUCCGAUUUGGGAUACUGAACCAAGAUGGGAUGUUGAGCCUAACUUGGACUUGGAAAAUCCUAUAGAAUUGCCAGGGCCAUCAGAUGAUGUUGAAGCUGCUGCAAGGAAGGAACUAGUGCCUAGAUCUGAAGAGAAUUGGGUGGUUGCAAAAGGUCAAUUUCUUGGUGUUUUGGUGUGCAACCAUGCAUGCAAAACUGUUCAGAGUUUGAGUUCUCAGGUGGUAGCUCCAAAAGCUGAGCAUGAUGACAACACCUUGGAUUUGUUGUUGGUUCAUGGAACUGGACGAUUGAGGCUGUUGAGGUUUUUCUUGCUUCUGCAAAUGGGUCGACACCUUUCGCUGCCGUAUGUCGAAUAUGUCAAGGUCAAGUCUGUGAAGAUUAAGCCUGGAAAACGCACACAGAGUGGUUGUGGGAUUGAUGGUGAACUUUUUCCUGUCACUGGGCAAGUAAUCUCUUCCUUACUUCCUGAUCAGUGCAGGCUUAUUGGUCGUUCACCUAGUAGUAACAAAUGA